CUGCAGUUCAGGGCUCCUGUCGCUCAGCUCUUGGGACAAUGUUACAAUCAUCAUUCCUGAUCGGUGUGUUCUGUCUACUUAGUUAUGCUGCAGCAGGAAGAGUGUGUGCCAGGCCCAGAGAGGUGCAAUAUUCUGUGUACAGACCGGGCAAGGUACUGUAUGAACCACGGGAUACUGUCACGUAUUCCUGUGUCCCGGGCUAUAUCAAGGAUUCUGGAAAUGAUAAAGCUGUGUGUUUAACAGUUGGAAACUGGGAACAUGCCACAUUAAAAUGCAAACCGAGGCAAUGCCCAAAGCCUGGCCCUCUAGCCAAUGGGAAGAUAGAAUACACAGACCUAACUCAUCAAAGUGUGAUAUAUUUUUCAUGCAACAAAGGAUAUAGAUUACGUGGCAUUAAUGAGAGCAUGUGUAUGGAGACUGGAACAUGGAGUGCAUUGGUUCCAACCUGUGAACAGAUGACCUGUCCAUAUCCUGUGAUACCAAAUUUUGGGCAACUUAUUCACUACAGACCAAGAGAAGGAAAUAUUUCUGCCUACCUAGAUAUGGUGAGAUACAGCUGCCUUCAAAACUAUGUUUUAUUUGGAAAUGAGAAUGCCACGUGUGGAGAAAAUGGAACCUGGAAUGAAAUACCUGAAUGCCGGGAUGUAAAAUGCCAGCGCCCAACAGAAAUACUCAAUGGGUACAUGAGCUUUUCCCCAUACCGAAAGUACAAUUAUAAAGAAGUUGUUACAUAUGGCUGUAACCCACCUUAUUCCCUGGAUGGCCCCAGGAGUUCAUACUGUGACAAGGAUGAAAAAUGGACCCAAAAACCAGUCUGCCGAGCUCCUUGUCAUGUUACCACACCAAAGGCCACAGUGUUACAUAAUGGGAGAAAGACCCGUGUAGAUGAAAUUGCAGGUCAGCAGAUACAGCAUGGUGACAUCCUGACUUAUUACUGCAAGAACAAGAUAGAUAAUUGUGCAUACACAGUGGAAAGCCAUUGCCGGGAUGGAAAUUUCACAGUACCCACUUGCUACAAGAAACCUGGAGUAUUCUCAGUAUUUUCCACUGAUCCAUCAAAGAUGACUCCCUGCACACAGCAAGCUUAAUGUUAACUAUAUAUUUUUUAUAAUUGCUUGUAAUUAAACACUAAACCUUUUAAUUGUCACUGAAUUCUGUUGAAUUUGUAUUUACAUUAAUUGUUUAUUAAAAAUAGUGAACAAAU